AUGGAGGAGGCCUUUGAGAAGAAGAGGGCCAAGUACAAGGAACUGGCAGGCGAAUGCAGAACUGUGGAGCUGACAGUGAUCCCAUCAGGAACAAAGAUACAGAACGUUGCAGAGAGGAGUACCAUCUCUCUGAAAUGUCACCAUGAAUUUGAUGGCUCACAUGUUCCAACAUGGAGCAGAGAAAUUGCUGGAAAACAACAACACAUCAGUCCUAAUGCUUCUACCUUGGACAAGAAGCUGACUAUAAGAAAUGUUCAGCAUGGUGACUUCGGACUGUACCACUGUGAUGGAAAACCAGUUAUAUAUUUAAAUGUGACCAAAGAUGAGAGAUCUGACAGAGGUCACAUUGAUGAUGGUGGAAGGGGAGCUGUCAUUAGCGGUGUUGUAAUUGUGGUGCUCUUGGUAGCGAUUUGUGUUGUUACAGGAUUAGUGCUUUACUUAAAGAGACGACAAAAACAGCAAGCUGGAAAUCCUCUCUCUUCAGUCACCACAUCAAGUGUGAUGGAUAGAGGAAGGUCAGAUGGCUCAAACAUGGAGAAUAUGGUCUAUGAGAACUGCACUCCCUCUGCAUGUGAAGACUCAACGUACGAGAGCCUCAAUCCUGCCAGCCAAGACCACAACCAGAUCUACUGUACACUCACAGAGCACGCAUGAGACUCUGGAUACAGAAAUUUGUUCUGUAAAGUGGACAUUAUAAUCUUCAGUUUGGUCUGCUUUUAUUCUUUCUUCUAAUUCUUAAUUUUUCAUAAAGA